AUGGCCGACGACAAUACUUAUGAGAGGGGUAAGAACCCCGUCGUGACCGGAACCAAUCAUGAAGCAGGCACUCAGCUAGAAGGCGGCCAGCCUACUCCCUCGGAGUAUGAUAUCGAGAGAAUAGAGGCCGUUUACAGGAAGUUAGAUCUUCGCAUCAUUCCACCCUUCUGGAUCUUAUACUUUCUCUGCUCCGCCAUCCGCUCCAAUAUCGGGUUGGCGCAGACGAUGAAUUCAGACGUUGGUCACGAUUUGGUGACGAUGCUGGGGCUUUCAUCUAACGAUGUCUCCACUGCUUUGGCCCUCUUCUAUGUCUCUUAUGUCAUCUUCGACUGCCCUUCCAAUCUCAUCAUGAGCAAGCUGAGCCCUCGGGUUUGGAUGGCUAGAAUCGUCUUUGCUGUGGGUGUAAUAGGGGCUUGCUUUACCGCCGUCCAGGCUGCUUGGAGCUUGAAGCUUUUACGAUUUUUACUUGGUGUGGUAAUUGCUGGCAUGUGGCCUGGAAUGUCCUAUUACUUGACUCUUUUCUACCCUCCUUCACGGACAGGCAAGCGAAUCGGAAUGUAUUUUACGGCUUCGCAAGUAUCCGCCGCUGUUGUGGGCUUAGUAUCAGCGGGUUUCCAAUUGAUGGACGGUGCUGGUGGUUUGGUCGGCUUCCAAUGGAUGUUUCUUAUCUAUGGGCUCCUUGCUGUCCUCCUUGGCUGGACAUUACUUUGGUGGUUACCCGAACGCCCAUUGCCGCCUGGUGAACGAAGGGAGCGCUCGAGUUUCAUGAAAUGGCUUCCUCCGACCCCUGAAGCUCUGACUGGUGAAGAUGCGCUAGUUCACUACGAAGAUCUUAAGAGGGUCUACCACACGAGGCCCUGGACUCUCAGAGAUUUAGGUUAUGUCCUGAUUGACUGGAGGCUUUGGCCGCUUACUAUCAUGUAUUUCGGCGUGGUAGGAGUAGGGAUCGGCACGCAACUUUAUGGCACAGUGAUCAUUCGUGGUAUCAACUCAUCAUUCACCGGGGUGCAACUCAGUCUUCUCUUCGCCCCUAUUUGGAUCAUGGACUUUUUUGCGAUUCUACUUGUUACUCCUAUCUCGGAUCGAUUCCACCGUUUACGCCCCUUAUUUUUCUCAUGCGCUGUAUGUAUCCAGAUUGCUGGGCUUCUCACCACCACCUUCGCCCCUACCUGGAGGCCUUGGGCGAGGUAUGGGGGUCUUCUAAUGGUGGGCUUCGGCCUCGGUCCGACGGUUCCCAUCUGCAUGACCUGGACCAAUGAGAUAUUUCAACAGCGUCACGGCGAGGUUGGUGUUGCUGCCGCAUCGGCAUUGGUAUCAGGCCUUGGAAAUCUCGGAAGUAUUACGACUACCUAUGCCCUUUACACUGGUUGGCCCGCGGACGCUGCCCCCGGGCCGCAUCAAUAUCGGCGAAGCAACUUGGUCAUGAUUGGUAUACUGUGCGCCAGCAUCUUAAGCAGCUUCAUCAUGUUUGUUGCCCUGAAAUUCGUCGGUAACAAGCCCAGCAAUAAAAUUGGCAGCAGUGGAAGCUCCAAAAUUGACGGUUUGGAUGGCUUUCAAGACGGCGCGGCCCGCCGCGAACUUGAGCAACGCGGUUUUGGUCGCAUGUGGUGGUGGAAAAGGGACUAA